AUGCGGAAGGGUUGGAAAAUGUUUGUGGGCACUCGAUGCAGAAAUCCUGAGAAGUGCAAGAGUUGGUGGCUGACACCAAAACAGGUACAUUAUCAUGAGGAUUUCGACGCAUGUGCUGGAGACAAUGAUAUUGCCAUAUUUGAACACGACGAGAAUAUCCCUAACUUUAUGGCUACACCGAUUUGUUUGCCACCAAGUUACAUCAAGAUAGGUCAUGACAUAAAAGCGGCAGGAAACGGUUUCACGGGACCGGAAGACACUGACCCAAAAACAGAAGGAUUUCAAGUAAUUGAAGAUAUUGUUAUGGUGAGAACUCGAGAGAAACGUCUUGUAGUGAAAACGCCUCUAGGAAUUGGACUCUGUGGGCGACAGUGGAGGUCCAUUAUUUCAGCUGAAUAA